AUGCAGCUCAUCAAGUCGAUCGUCCUCGUGGCCGUACUGGCCGUUUGCUUCGUCCAGGCCACCAUCCUGAGCGAGAGCGUGUCGCUCUUGGAGGCUCACGUCAAAGACGCAGAGACUCUGGCUUCCAAGAAAGCAGACUUUGUUCGAAUGGUCGAUCGCUACUACCGCCCAAGCGCCAAGGCGUUCUGGACUCAGCACGCAGUUCCCCGAGCUGCUGCUGGCCUGGAGACCACGGGAAAGCACUGGAACGAGUACAUCAGGCAGCCUAGGUCUACCUCCGUCACUGGUACGCUCGACAAUCGUAUUGCGCUCAGAUCCCUUAACACCGUGAUCAUAGGCGCCGUAGCUCCUUCGUUCGAAUUCUAUGAUGGGCUUGUUCUCUCCCACGGUAGUGUCGCGAACAAUGUUAAAAGCUGCGUGCUGUCCCAGACCAAGCCGCCGAUCCCGAGACAAGCUCGUAUCCUUGUGUUCCUAAUCCUCACCGUAGCAAGACUGGCUCACGCCGUCAACCUUCCUGAAGGUGAACUUCUUUGGCAUGCUGGAAUGAACCUUGACAAUGCGCCAGGCCGGCUCGAGCAGAAACUCCUCGUCAAAUCUUAUUCAGAGGCUUUGGGGCGUUCAGGAACUUCGGAACACGCGACGGGGCUCCCCGCAGGCUUGACUGGUGCAUUCUACCGAAACAUGGAGCGAGAAGGCAGAAUUGGCGAGGCAGGUCGUAUUCAGGGCUCGGACUGGAACCGUUGGUUCAGACGCUAUCGGGCAGAGAGAAUUGCACAGGCCGCACGGGAGGGCCAUGGAUGGGCUCGUCAACAGCAGAGCUAUGGACGCAUUGCGAAUGUCGCCGGUCAUCUCAACCCUGGCCUCCAUCGCGGUGGUGCUGCCGCAUAG